AUGAAUGAGAAUUUAACAAAACCAAAAAUACUUAUUGUUAAUGGACCGAAUGGAAGUGGAAAAACAACACUAAUCAAAUCAAUUGGAAAGGAAGAUCGAAUCCAAAUCAAAGAGAUGGAUAGUAAAAUAAACGAUAAGAAAGGAAAAAAUAAAGAAGAAAUGAGAGAAUGGGUAUUGUAUUCAUCAGAAAUGAGAGGAUUGUUUGGAGGUGAUUGGAGAAGAAGUUGUAUUUUAUUUGAAGAAGAAUGUUCAAGUGAAUGGUAUGUUGAAUUAUUUGUAGAUUAUGUAAGAAAUGGGAAAAUGCCAUUAGUUAUUACUUGUAAUGAAUCAAUUAAAAAUAGUAUUAACAAAUACAUUGAAACAAAUAAAGGGAAUUUUGAAUAUGAAAGUUUAAAAGAAUCAAUUAGUUAUGUUACUUUAAACCCAAUAACAAUAAAUAGUAUCAAAAAAUGUUUAAAUGGAAUAAGUCAAGGGAUUAUUAAUAGUAUAGCAGAAGGAUGUCAUGGUGAUUUGAGAGUUGCAUUAAAUAAUAAAGAAAUUAUCGAAAUAAACAGUAAAUUUAUACAAGUUAUAUCUACUAACGAGGCUAUUUCAUUUUUUCAUUUAAUAGGAAGAAUUAUUCAUACAGAACCAGUUUAUAAUGAAUAUGAAAAAAGGUAUGAAUUGAAACAUAGUCCAAGUAGUGUGGCAAAAGAGUUACAAGGAAGAGAACGAAUUAUUCCAUUAAUUGAACACAAUAUUAUUUCUACAAUUAAAGAAAUGAAAUAUUUAACUUAUGUAGAACAUUAUAUUUGUUUGGCUGAUAUAUUUCAGAAACAAGCAUUCAAUCAACCACUCUGUGAAUACCUUACAUGUGCUGUUAUUACAGGAAGUGUUAUGGUUAUCCCAAGAAAAGAAAAAAGAAUGGUUGAAAUAGAAGCAUCACCAGUAAAUCAAUCACUUAGUACAAUGAAUAAAAAAGGGAAUAAAGAAAUUGAAGAGUGUAAAGAAUGUUUUAAUAAAAUAAUAAAUAAUUGUAUUACAAAACAAAAACAAACAAUACCAUUUAAUAUUGAAUAUGAUACAUUUUGUAGUGAUGUAUUACCAUUUAUAGAAAUAUUAAAAUCUAAUGGAAUGGUACAAAAUCAUCAAUUAGAAUAUUGUUUGAAACAAAUUCAUUCACAUUCUAAUGUAUUUCAGUUUGUUAUUUCAAUUUAA